UGCUUGUAAUGUCCAACACAUAAUUCUUGAGUCACCUUUGGCUAUAUCUUUGCUCCUUUUGAAAAACAAAAUGGCUAUCCUCCACCCAAAAUUUCUUCUCCAAGGACAACGAGUGCCUUUUAUAUUUGCUGUCAUCUUCAUUCCAGUUGCUGCGUUUUACUGGGGUGCUGGCUGUAUAGCCAAGCGCUCGGCCAAAUCAUAUGAAUGGAGUAUAUGCGACGACGUGACUUGCCUGAGCCCAAAUCUCGGACAGCCAUCAGUGGGAAAACACUUGGGCCUCACAGAAAUCAUGAAAUGCCAUCAAAAGACACCUUUGACAGAAAGUCAGCAUACCAAGGGACAAGUAGCCGAAAGUGGGAGAGCAUCUUUGACAUUCUGGGCCAUGGUUGAUAGCAGGAUCUCUCUAGGAUGCCUUUCCAGCUUUGCCAUGCUGGAGUGCACCAGGCUGGUGGACAGCCUUUCCAGCCCUGCCAACCACCCCUUUUGUAUAGCAAUUUUAAUUUCUAUAAAUAGGCUUUAGACUCAUUCUUUGUAAUCAGCAAUAUUUGAUAAUACAACAGAAAAGGGCACUUGCCUCCCAAAUCUUGGUCUCUUUCUUUCAUAGCUUUCUUGCUUGUUUCGUGUGAUUGCCAUCGCUUCAGCACAAUGUGUUGUUUAUUGUUUAAGGGCUGAAGCUAAGUAGCAGUCAAGCUAACUUCGCUGCCCUCACUGAACCCUUAGAAAAACAGUUCCGUCACCUCCACCCACGACCGUUAGGUCCUGGGUUCGAGUCAUGCUGGAGGGGAAGUGUGGAAACACUAUAGAUCCUCCUUAUUUGGGAGGGAUAAAAAAUAAAAAAAUAAAAAUAAAAAAAUAAAAAAUAAAAGCUAUGAAUGGCCUAUAUUGCUUAAGGGAUCAUUCAGUUCAAGGAAAAGGUGUUAUAGUUACGGCCUUUUCAAGAGUAAUGUGUGCUGAUCGCGUUGUUGAUAACUUAAGUAAUUGGUUGACAAAACCUUUACAAGAAUACUCUAGAAGAUAUUUAGCUACCUUAGUUUUCAAACUGAAUAGAAAAUAGACCUUGAUUUCCUUGACUUCAUUUUAAAACAAUGAACAUUGUCAAAGAUAUCUAAACUAAUUUUGCUAGCGGCUUGGAACUGUUUGAUCUCCUAUUGCAUUAUCAUCCAGGCAACUGCAUUAUAAUUUUGUUUCUCUCAAAGAUAAGUUCUACAAAUUUUAUAGUGAUUUUGAAUAAACUAUUUUCUCGAAAACUUUUUUUAAUAAAUAUUUUGAGUUGGAAUUGUAGUAAAACUCUUUGGCCUAAUGCCAACUGAGUUCCGGAAAUUGAACCUUUGUGCAGAUGAUAUAUUUUUGACGCUAGUUAAUUAUUGGAAGUAGAGAUGGUAUUAGAACUUGUCCACUAUACUAAAAAUAUAUUUUUAUUUUUACUUAUCAAUUUUAGUAAAUCAAAAGAAGACCAUAUAUUUUUUCCUAUUUUACCCUUAUCAUAAUUACUCAUUUCACAAAUCAUAUUCCAAGACUUCUCAAAAU